AUGAACCUCGUUGACUUUCAACUUUUGUAUGAAAUACACUAUACUCUUGGAAUAACAGUAGUAACGUACAGGUUAACAAUGAGAAUAAUACCAAAGAUAAUAUCGCUUUGUUUAUUAUUCACACAGCUCGUGCAAAGUGCAACAACAGCAAGUACGGAUGAAACCACUUCAACAAUAGAUAGACCGGAUCCCUCCACAAAAGUAAGAUCUGUAGUCACCUCCAUCUCAGUAGACAGUUACUUCACUGUGACAGAGGGCACUACUAAGACCUACACUUCUCUCAGAGACCCGACCUCCAUUUAUGUCACUAUAACGACCGAAGGUGUAACACUAGUUGUCCAGACUACUUACGGUCAGGCCUUCAGCAGUCAAUACACAGCAGUCGCAACCCCUUCAUCUGGAUCUAUAGGCUUAGGUACUAUCGAAGGUACAGUAGGCGUUGUCAAACCGGCAAUGUACUAUACGGUUACUAAUAACGAUGCCACUCAUGCUUUUAAUUCCAAUCUUGCUGGAGUUAUUGGGAGUAUGAUUGCGUUUAUCACAUUUCUCAUAUGA